AGCCAUAACACAGAUAUGCAGGCAUCUAGUUUUGGCUUUAAAACCAGGCCUCCUGAAUGCCUUGGCAGAAAGAUGGGUGUCAUUGAUUAUCUAGACACGAUAUUAGCCCCUCUGAGUCUCUUCCUCAUGGUUGGUUACCAUGCCUAUCUAUGGCAUUGCUUCAAGAACAAACCAUCUCAAAUUACUGAAGGAAUUGCAGCAUUGAAGAGAAAAACAUGGUUUGUACAAUUGAAAGAGGGUGAUAACAGGACUGGUAUGCUAGCAGUGCAAAGCCUGAGAAAUGCUCAGAUGACAACUAUAUUAACUGCUGCAACAGCCAUUAUCAUAAACCUGGCACUGGCUGCUUUGACCAACAACAACUAUAAAGCAAGUCAUCUCCUCAGUGGCAGUGCGUUUUUUGGCUCACAAUCUGGGAAACUCUAUGUUCUGAAAUUUGGGUCAGCCUCGCUAUUUCUCUUGGUAAGCUUCUUAUGCAGCUCAAUGGGACUUGCAUUCUUGAUUGAUGCUAAUUUCUUGAUAAAUGCUGCCUCUCGUGAGUUCUCACCAUCACCUACAUAUACACAAACAGUAUUUGAACGAGGUUUCAUGUUGGCUCUUAUGGGCAAUCGGGUCCUAUGCAUCACCUUUCCUUUAUUGGCGUGGAUGUUUGGCCCAGUGCCAGUAGCUUUGUCCUCUGUGGCACUUGUUUGGGUCCUGCACGGGCUUGAUUUUCCUGGCAAGAGUAUCUGUAGUGAAAUGUAUACAUGAGCCAGUGGGCAUCUUUUGAAAUUCUUUGGAAUAGUACAGCAUCAAUCUCAAGAAACAAAA